UCUGCAUGUUCACCACAGGUACUAAGAGAUUGUAUAAACGCAGUGCAGUCAUUGACCAGACAGGCUUUGUGUAAACUGAGUUUUGUUCAACCCAUACUGCAGACAUGGUCAGACUUGUUGCACCCAGCCUCAGUCAGCUUACAACAUCAUUCCUCCACUCAAGGCAUUCUUCCUGUAUCCCCGACAGCACCCCCAUCCUCUGUAGCAACUGCUCCCUCCUCUGUUCCAUCUUCCAGCUCUUCUCUGUCCUCAGCUGCUCCAUUCAACCCGCCUUCCGUGGUUCAGCCUGGUGCCUCGGCACCCGCACUUCAGCCUGAUGCCUGUACCCAGCCUGAUGCCUGUACCCAGCCUGAUGAACUGAUCCAGCCUGAUGAUCCUAUCACGCCUGAUGACCCAGUGCCCGCUGUCGAGCCAGACGAUCCGGUACCUGAUGACCCGGUGCCCACUGUCAUGCCUGGUGACCCGAUGCCCGCUGUCGAGCCAGAUGAUCCAAUGCCUGAUGACCCAGAGCCCGCUGUCAUGCCUGGUGACCCGAUGCCAGCUGUCGAGCCAGACGAUCCAGCGCCAGAUGACCCGGUGCCCGCUGUCAUGCCAAUUGACUCAGAGCCCACUGUUGUGCCUGAUGACUGCCUUGCGGUGACGCGGUGCCCGCUGGCGAGCCAAAUGACCUGAUGCCUGGUGACCCAGUGCCCGCUGUCAUACCUGGUGACCCGA